AAGGGAGGGGGGCAUCGGCGUAUGCUUGUAUACAACUACCCCCGAUUUCCAUUUUUUUCCCUAACUCGUAAUGUAUUUAAUUCAAGUGAAACGUAAUCAUGACGUGUGUUGUCAUUAAUCUCCUCGCCGCCUCUCCCGGGACUGUUGAAGGUAGUCAGGCAGAUUGCCACCAUAAGAUCGCACCCUCUCUCAGUCACGGAAGUGAAGCAUGGCAUAGACAUAUUACUGACUAUGGAUUCCCCACCAGAAUGUAUGCUGGCUCUUUCCUGUGAGCCCCCAAUGUCUCCUCCUUCCAUGCCCUCGCUGGACCACAGUCCCCAAGGCCUACCCCAGAGUCCUCAAUCUACCCUGUCCAGCCCUCAAACUGAACUCUAUGCCCCGGUCUCACCCUGCCCCCUUCCUGGUGCCAGCAUACGAGAUGAGGAAGACGAGGAUGAGGAGUUAUCAACACCCCCAUCACCAACCCCAGCGGUGGCGCUAUUUCCUGGUGAAUUGGAACUUGGCAGUCCCUCAUCUGAAGGCAGCCGUCCAACCACACCAUCAGCACCUUUCCCUGGCUUUGGAGUUCUGGAGCAGGCAAUCUCCUCUGGUCAGAGUACCACCUGCAGUGAUGAGCUGGAUCUUCAGAUUUUCAACAAUGAAGGGAUGGCUUUGCCAGGAGGGACCACCUCUGGGCCUGCACUAAGGUUCCCAUGCCACGUGUGUGGAAAGAGGUUUCGCUUUCAGAGCAUUCUUUCUCUGCAUGCUCGAGCUCACAGUUUGGACAGGGACCGUCGGGUUUCAGCUCUCUACCGAACCACACAUGUCAAACAGAACCAUGUGAGUGAUAGUGUAAUCCAGAAUCUCAACAGCAAACAGCUUGGUCUGAAACAGAGUCCAUUAACCGGGUCACUGCAAAAGAAUAUAGAUGAAGACAUGGUUCCAGAGGAACCUCUUCACACUGCUAGUAGCCCUCAGUUCCUCUUUGAAGGAACCACAGCACUGACUCCGCCUCUAACAGAGGAAGCACCAGUCUCUACUUCCUUCUUUCCACUUGGUCAUGUCCACGUGGAGGACACCACCACCUCCACAGCUACUUCCGCCUUCCGGUGCCAUGCUUGUAAGGGCAAGUUUCGCACGGCAUCAGAGCUUGCACGUCACGUGCGGAUCCUCCACAACCCUUAUAAAUGUACGAUGUGCCCCUUCUCAGCUAGUCAGGAGGAAAGUCUGGCUGCCCAUCUGCAGGAGAGCCACCCACCUGAAGAUCCUGCAGCGGCCACUGUUUUCCCUUCUCAACCUGUAACUGCACCCCCAGAAACUCCUCUCUCACAAACUACAGUUGUUCCAGCUUUCCGCUGUGAGACAUGUGGCCAGCGUUUCACUCAAUCCUGGUUUCUGAAGGGGCAUAUGCGGAAACACAAGGACUCAUUGGACCACAAGUGCCAGGUGUGUGGCCGCGGUUUCAAGGAACCCUGGUUUCUUAAGAACCAUAUGAAGGUGCAUCUCAACAAGCUGGGCCUCAAGGCUGGCUUGGGAAAUCUGGGGCCUGCUGGAUCCGAUCAGACCAAAGGUCAUGCAAGCACACAAGUGUUGGGGGCUCUGUAUUCCAACCUGCUCCUGGCCCGCAGUAUGGCAGGUAGCAGAGGCUCAGGAAGUCGCACAGAAAUGUCAGAUGGUGGUGUUGCAGGCUCGAGUAAAUCAUCUAUAUUGGGAUAUCUGGGAUUACCCAAAGACAUCAGCAAUGGAAGUUGCAUGGAACGCCUUCAGGAAGUUGCACAGGUUGCAGAAAUGGGUAAUGGAGGAGGAGGAGGAAGGGGAGCUGAGGCAGCAGAUGGAGCAGACCAGACAGCCAUGUGGCAGCUGGUUGCUCGCAGUCUGGCAGCGGCUCAGCACAACCAACUGCAGCAGCGGUCCCACUCACACCAUCAACUUUCUUCCACACGAGGCACAGUCACUGGGGAAGCCAAACAAAUGAGAAUCUACCAAGGUGGACUGGGUUCUAGAGAUGAAUUGGAGGCCUCUAGUGCACCCUGGGAGUGUCCAGAUUGCGGAAAGAUGUUCCGAAGCCUUCAGCAGGUGGUUUCUCAUGCCUCUGUCCAUGUCCAGAAACCACAGAAAGGUCAAAGUGCUCAAGGGGGCACAUCAAGAGAGGAGGAUAUUAUAAACCAAGUCAGUGGAGCUCAAGUAACAGGCAGAGUGGGGCACAGAGUUAAUGACAAUGAAGACAUAAGGCAGGAAUCAAAGCAACUCCCAUCAGGAGUGGGGACAGCUGGGAGCUUCCAUUCGAUCUUAUCACAUCUCUCUGGUCAGAAUGGUUCUUCAGCUCCAAGAGAGCGUGUUCGGGGAACAGGGAUAAAGGAUUGCCCUUACUGUGGUAAAGCCUUCCGAUCUUCUCAUCACCUUAAAGUGCACCUUCGUGUUCACACGGGAGAGAGACCAUACAAAUGCCCCCACUGUGAUUAUGCUGGCACUCAGUCUGGCUCUCUCAAGUACCACCUACAGCGUCAUCAUCGUGAGCAAAGGAAUGCUAUGGCAACUUCCCCAAACUCCCCUUCACCGGGUCUCCCCUCUCUGAUUGGCUCUUCUCGUGAAGGGGGCAAAAAACAGUGUCGGCUCCCCUCUAUGUCCUACUCCUCUUUUGGGAGGGUUCCUAGAGAGGCUCCUUCUUCCAGGAAUAGUCAGUCAUGGUCUGCAGGCCCUUUAGAGAAGAAGGAUGGCUCAUCGUCUGGACAUCAAAGAGAGGCAGACUUAGAGAGUCAGCAUCGAAACCUGUCAGGGAUGAUGGGAGCACUCUUCCCUGGUGGUUUGAAAGCAAGUUGGACAGGGGAGGCCCCACCCCCCAAAAUGCCCAAAGUGUCCAGACGGAAGCCCCUUACCACAAGCCGCAUGGUGUCUACAAAUGGGUACACUUCCAGUGGGAUCGCUUCCAGUGGUUGUCAGGAAGGAGGCUUUGAACCACUUGACCUUUCCCGUCGCCCUUUACAAGUUGAGGGGCCAGCGACUAGUCCUGGAGGUGGACCAUCAACGGGCUCUAAAGGAGAGAAUGACAUCCUUAAUCAAUGUGUGUUCUGUCCCUUCCGAACAUCUUCUGUUGAGCUGAUGGCAAUGCACCUUCAGGUUAAUCAUACCAGCAAGUCUCGCCGCAAGAGGGGCACUCCUGUCAGUUCUGCCAACAAUUCUCCAAGACUAACCCUGCCUGGGACAGACCAUGACCCACUGGCACUAUGGAAGUUCCUCAGUGUAGGGGAUGGACUAAUGUCUCCUGAGGAUUGGGUCUCAUUCAAGGCAAUAUCUGAGAAUGGAGUCAGUCCAGAGAACAGGGAAACAGAGAACAACUUCGAACUGAUCCAAGGACUGGUGGGAACCACAGAAAAGGGGAUUAAAAUGAGAGAGGACUUAGAUGAGGAAGAUGAGGUGGUGGACGAGGAAGAGAAUGACCUGGAAGCAAAUGGCAGCUUUGGAAAUUUACCCCAGCAUCAAAGCGAGAGGGCUCACUCUGUUUCACCAGACCUCGCAGCUGAUGAUCUCCCUAAGGAGGAGGAUGGUAUCUUGGGGAAAUAACACUUAAAGAGAGCCCUGGAUGAGUUCUGAGCUGGAGGCAGGGAAGAAUAAAGUAAACUGCGAAGAAAAUAUUUGGGAGUUGUCCAGGGUCCAUCAUAUCAUUGUGACCAAGGGUAAAACAGUUGUUAUGCUAACAUAUACUGUACAGUACAUAAUCAAAACCUUCAGAAGUAUUUACAGUAAAGGCUUUUCCACCAUAUAUACAUAGCCCCCCUUGGUUAGUGAUAAUUUACCUCUACACACACAAAGACUUGCAAUCACACAGAGAUAUCCAGUAUUGUAUGCUACUCUAAAGGUGCAGACACGUUUAACUUUGCAUGGUGUAGAGGUUACUGCCAAUCUAAGCAACUUCCUAUUGGUCAGUGAUGCAAAUUCACAUGUCAGAGUUCACCAAACUUGAACUUCAUGCAAAACCUGUGUAGGCAAAUUCUUUGCCAACAGAAGUCCCUCAGGUGAAAUUCCACAUUGUGUGGAUUCACAUUGAGAUAACUCUAUUUUGCCUGUGGAAUUUCGCUGUGCAAAGGUAAAUAUGACUGCACCUUAAAGGGAUAGUUCACCCAAAAUGUUUUAAUUCUCUCAUCAUUUACUCACUCUCAAGCCAUCCGAGAUG